CUAAUCAAUUAAUAAUCGGUGGCAUGUAGCUAGGUUUGACACUAUUUAUAGCUAGCUAGCUGUUAAGUGAUCGUGGAUACGAUCACCACGAGAUGGGAAAUAACAGUGAACCACAGCAAACUAAUGUUAGCUAGCCAUACUGCGAGUUAUUUUAAUGGAGUGCUGUGAUGACCAGAACAAAGCAGACAGCAGAGCUGGACAAGCAUCCAGAUCCAGCUGCUGCUGCUAAGCUCACAGAGAAGACUGAGUUAGCUCCAGCCCCAGUACCACAACCACGGUACCCGGCCUCCACCCCUGACCCAACUCUCUUCCCUCCCUUAGGCCCCGCUGACGGCAGCAAGGGGGGCACAGGGAUAAUGUCCCCCAAAAGUCAGGGGAGGGCAGGGACGGCGUCCCCCUACAAUCUAGCUCCGGCUCCCUUCGGCCUCAACCAGAACCACGUGGUGUGUCUGCCUCUGGUCUCCGAGCACCUGAAGCUCCUGUGGACGCACUCAGACCAGACCCAGGAACUGGACAGCGUGGCUUAUCUCACAGAGGCCUUCAACGUGUUCCCCUACCCGACCCUAGGGGAGAAGAUGGCGCUCGCCCAGAGCUGCUCUCUGCAUCUGGACCAGGUCAGAGUGUGGUUCAUGGUCCAGCGGCUCCGCCAUGGGAUCAGCUGGGAUGCAGAGGGGAUCUGUAUGGCACGGACCAAGAUGUGCGGACCAAACCAGACGAAGGACAACAAAGAGAAAGAGGAGGUGUCGUCAGAGGUUCCUCCCCUCAGUAAGGAGGAUGAUGGGAGUAACAGGAGCCAACAUUCACCCGUCUCCACCCCCACUCAGCUUAGCAGCCUGUCCUUCAAGUCCUCCUCACCCGUUCCUCGGAAACGCCGUAAACGCCACCCUGUUGUUGCACCCAAUAACGCCAAUCUGCAACACUCUUCUCCUCCAGGGCCCCAAAGCCCUCCACGCUUAGUGGCGCCCCCCACAACCACAGGGCAAACCCUAGAAGCCCCCGACAAAGCCCAUGAAAACAACGUCAAACCCCAGAGGCACUGUCAGGACUUCCACUCAGAGCUGCGGCGGAGCUUCCGCUAUAACACAAAUCCUUCAAAGGAGGUGCUCCAGCGUUUGCAGGCCCUCACCAGGCUCCACAUGAAGUACACCCGCAAGUGGUUCUGCAACCUACGCUUCUUGCUCCACCACCGCGUCAAGGCCGACCCAGAGUCUGAAGAGAAAGGCCAGUCACAUCCCAAUAACCUCCUGUCGUCACAGACCCAGCUUAUUCAGCAUCUGACCCAACCACCACCGCCAACUGACAGCAGGGUCAGACCACCACCAAAGAAGAAAAGGGUCUGUCAAGUAGAUGAUGUCGACUUCCUAAGCAGGAGCCGCAAUGGUAACCAUGGCCAUAGCAACCCCGCUAACACCACCCACCUGAUUAGGUCAAACUUGGAGGGGAAGGAGAAGGAACCAGCGGAAGUACAGAAGAAGAAGAAGAAGAAGACAGGAGCAGAAGACAAAGAGACAACAUCCAGAGCUGGAGUUCAGAGAUGCAAAAAGAACGGCAAGAAUUCUCCAAAGGAGGAACGGAAAGUGGUGGGGAUCACCAAAUUCAUAACUGACGACGGAGAAGAACAAGCUAUCAAAAUGGGCCCGCGGCCAAAGAACAAGACCAUGGCCCAAAUGGAGCUCCUGAGACACUUCUUCCUCACCUGCCAGUGGCCCACCAAGGGGGGCUACACGCGACUGCAGCAGCAGACAGGCCUCUCGCGGAAGGCCCUCACCCAGUGGUUCGGAGACUCCCGCUACCGCGUCAAGCAGGGCAUGGCAUGCUGGAUGAGUAAGGAGGAGCACCGAGAGGUCCUGGCGCAGAUUAGGGUGACUGAGGAUGGAGGCUGGUAGGGAGGAUGGAGCUGGGGCUUUGAGACCUAUGAAUGGGGUGAAGCUGAAGUGACUGCUGGGACAGACUUGGGGUACUCAAUAGUAUGAAGAGGCUUCUUCUCCUUGUGUCCUCUCCUCCAGCAGCACUGAUCCAGCAUGGCCUAACAGGUGAAAUGUAAUUUGUUGAAACUUGAAACCUAUCUUAAACUUUCACCUGUUUGCGGUGAUGAUGGAAAAGGAAGCUAUGAGUAUUGAGCCACACCCCUGCUGUAAUGCUGAGGGUGCUGAAAGGGGACUAUUAGGAGUUGUCACGAAUGAGCCAGCAUUCUGUUGUAUGUUACAAGCAGUUGAUUAUGUUUAUGAUGAAGUUCUACUGUCGACUUUAGUUCUAGCACUAUUAAAACUGGCACUUCCUGUUCAGUUAUUCAGAUGUCAAUUCAUGUUUCAAGCUCCAUCACAGGUUUGUGCUGGGAGGUUUCUAUGACAUUGCAUUGAUGUUCCUUGUUUGAUAUGUUCAGAGUGUAAAGAAUUGGGGAAACUACCAGACCUGCGACAACCUAUGACCUUGGGUGCGUCCCAAUAAUCUCUCCUUCCUCCUGAAGUGUGCAGUCGCGCGUUCAUUUCUCCCCACAAAGUUACUAUCAUUGGAUUGAUGUAGGCAUGGCCUAGGGGUCCAUUAAGGGAAGUGAACAAGUGCACACUUUGGGAGAACAGAGAGAUUAUUGGGAUAUAGCCCAUGUUUAGAGAGAACAGAUGCUAACAGUUUAAUAUAUUUAUUCACUAUCUGACCUCAUAUUGUGCUUAUACAGUCUGUUUCGUUGUCUUUUGGCUGAUCUUGUGUGGUCUUAUCGGUAGUAAGAAAAUAGAUCAUUUAUUUUGAUUUCACUAACUCAGCUAUAGCCUACAGUAUCAAAAUCUCAGAGUUAGUAUGUUGAGUUGUAUCUGGUUCUUUGUGAAUAAACAAAACUGUUUCUCCUUG